ACUUAUUCAACUAAAAAAAAAUUAUUAUUAUUUUAAAUCACACAUUAAAAAAAAAAAGUUAACUGUGACUUAACUAAUACUUUAUUUACCGGAUCAUAUUCUUUUAACUGCUUAAAUAACAUAAAAACAUGCUGCACUUUUUCUGCACUUAAAAUUUAUACUUAGACUUAUACUUAGCUACAUAGCCUUUACUACUACACUUGCAUUUCAAUUUAUUAAUUUGAAUUACCGGUAAAAAAAAUUGUCUUGUCUGAUACAUUAAAACUAAAACUUAAUUAUAAUUAAAUUUUUAAUAAAUGAUAAAAAUUAUGUUUAAGAACUGAUGAUAUUUUCCAGAACUACAACCAAUUUGACAUGUGUGGAUUAGCAUUGAAGAUUCCAGAAAAAAUGUUUUAAAAUUAUAUGUACUAAUACUAUACUCAUAAUAUUAGAUCUAUACAUAAUAAACUCAUAAUCAUAAACCUAUGAUCUGUUGGCCCAUGUAUAGAAUAAGAUAACCAUACAAAUUAUAAAAAUAAAGUGAGUAAGCCUACUCACUCACACUGUUUGCUACAAAUUAAACCAAGAUGUCAUCUGUGAUUAAAGGAGCCACUAACUUUUCAAAGUAAAUCAUUUGUGUGUUCUUGUCAUACCUUAGCAUAGGGGUCUCAAACUCAAAUCAUCCGGGGGGGGGGGCCGCAGGAGGUAGAGUCUGAGUGAGACAAGUAUUCCACACAAAAAACGAUUACAAAUUCAAUAAAGUACAACUGUUACAAUCUGCUCGACCUUUAGUCUUAGUAAUAACAAAUAAAAACAUAAAGGUUUCUCAAGAACUAGGCUUCACUUUCUUCCUCCUAUUGCCUGUUGCCUGAGACCUGACAUCGCAAGUGACCAAGCUGACAGGUUCGGAAUUUCCCUCACUCGUAAUCAUUAGCGGCAAUUCUAAUAGGGAUUCUUUGAUACUGUGUCAGAUUACUACGAUUUACACAAUUCUGGUUGUGCAUUACCCACUAACUGAAUUUUUUAAAUUUUGAAAUAUGUGUAUAAUAUAUAAAAUUCGAAGCGUGUAUUCUCAAACCGCACUUUGGCCACGUUUGUCGCAUAAAAUGCAACCAAUUAAAAACGUUCAGUCCGAUUUUAAAGCGGCUUUUACCAUUAUAAGAUUUUAAAGCGGCUUUUACCAUUAUAACCAACGUCCAAAUCUGUACAAACAUAAUAAAAAUCAGAAUUAGGCUAGUCGGUGAGUUUCGACUGAAACCGUCGUGGAGGGUCACAUUAUAAAUUUUGGAAAACGCGCGGGCCGCAUUAACACUAAAUUUGCUGUCAUGUCGCGGGCCGCAAAAUAUCGUCUUGCGGCCGCAUAUGGCCCGCGGGCCACGAGUUUAAGACCCCUGCCUUAGUACCUUAUAAAUGUUAUUGGUUAAUUUUUAAAAAAUGUGAAUUUAAAUUAUAUUUUUAAUACUUAUUUUUAAUAGAAAUGUUUAUGCUACAAUGAAAUAAUUAAAGUAACAUUGCUUUUUGGGUUUUUGUAACUGUUGGUCAGACUGUUGGGUGCUAUUUGUGCAUGCAUAUAAAGCCAACUAACAUGCAGAUAUAAAAAUUGAAAAGUUCUGUCACUGAUUUAUGGCAGGGGACUUUGCUCAUAAAUGAUUUAUUUUUAGUCUUGCAGAUUAACUAUAAUUGAUCAUUAAUUAAUGAUUUGAGUUGUUUAUUCUUUGACCAGCAGACUUAACCACAUUGGCUCAUGAAAAUCCCAAUAAGUCGACUAGUGUAGCUUAUUUUGUAAUUUCAUUUGGCUAUAUUAUUUAUAAACAGAGUUCACAAAAAGACUUAACAUUUUUGCAGGAUUAUUAAACAAGUCAACGUGAUACACCAAUACAUAUCUCAUCAACGUUAUAGGGUUUUCAUACCAGGAGGUUUCCCUUAUGAAGCUUUUAAUAAUAGAGGUAAUUUAUUUUUGUUAAUAAUUAGACAUAGAACACUGAAGUAUGACUGUCUUAGCGUGGGGGCAGAUCUCACAUGUCAACACUUUGACUGGUAGUGCCACCAAAAUGACAUACAGAAUGCAAAGUAAUUUAACAUUUAACAUUUUUGACAUAUCAUUUACUGACUAGAUAAAGUCAGAAAUUACCAUGUAUGUAGUCAUAGAUUUUAACAAAAUUUAAGUGAAAUAAGUUUAAGUGCAAGAAACUCCUAUACUUUGUUCUCAGGUUCUUAUAAAAACUGGAAAGUAUUGUACUGGGCAAAUUGAUGCUCAGUACUAAAAGUUAAAAAAAAAUAUCUAUGGCUAUAAUUCAUUGAGGGGAAGAAGUUAUGCUUAAGGGAAAAAAAACAAGAAAGCUUUUUAUUAUUGAAUUGGGACCAUCAGUUUUCUUCUUUAAGUUUAAGACAUAACUCAUUAGCUUAAAAAGCAGUGUGUAUAACAUAUUUAGAAAGUCUUGAGAAAAUGUUUUAUUUUUUAGUUGCUUGCAUCCAUCUUUGAUUGUAAAUCUACCAGAGUAUUGAUCCUUUUCUUACAUUGUAAAUUCUCUGUAAUACGAUUACUUUUAAAAAAAGUAUCAUAAGCAAAUUCUAAUCUUUGUGGUUUAAUUUUGCAGCCUGCAUUUGUCCGUGGAGCAUUGUUAGAAUGAUAGAAUGUGGACGAGGUGCUGGAUUCAGCUCAGGCUUCCUAGAUGCCAAAGAAAUGUACAAAGAUUACUUCAUAUUCAUUGCAUCAAGCUCAACAAAAGUUUCCCCAGAGCUUUAUAACCCAACCAAAAUCAAAGGACCCUUGAUACAGGAUGUGACCUUAGACUAUGUCGGUAAUAUGUCUUUCAAGCUCAAAAACAUCAUCUCUAUUGAGGGGGACAAAGAACCCAUCUGUGAAAACAACACUCAGUCUGUUUUUGUGAGUGUAAAAACCAGAAAGCCCACUGCACCCCCGGACUGGUGGCUAAAUAAAUAUUCACUGGGUCAAGACAAUGGAACGCCGCUUAAAAUGAAUCUGUUGAAACCUCCCCAGGGUAUGGAUUUAAAUGAAUUCUCUUUCAAAGUUCCAGCGAGUGAUGUAGAUCCUUACCUGCAUGUCAACUGGUCCAAUUAUGUCAAGUAUUUUUAUGAAGCUCUGGUCCAGACCACCCUGUCAAAGGUUGGGAAUGAGAAUGCACAACUUGCAUUCCGCAACCUAAAAGACUUUUCUAUAUCUUACAUCCAUGAGGCUGGCAUAGGGGAUGAUUUAAAUAUCAUAUUUUGGGAGGACGUAAACAUUAGAGAUUUAUAUCACUUCCAAAUGUUGAAUGGGACAAAAAUUGUUAGUGAAAGUAGUUUUGAGUUGCUUCCUUGCAGAUGAUAAAUUUUUCAUAAAAAAAAAAAAAUUGACUUGCACUUAUGGAAUAAAAUGAGACACCAUAGCCAUGGCAUGGGCUCUGCAACCCCUGCAGCUGUACUGCAUGGGGUCUCAGAUAUAUAAUGAGCUUAAUGUUUUGAUAAGAAAAAUUGUACACUAUCAACUUUGAUUAUGCAAGGUGAACAAAACUGAAAAGUGACAGGAGGUCUCCAAAAGUCAUGCAAUGGCUCUGUCUAGUACUAGUACAUUUUAGGUUUGACAAUGACUUUGUCUCAUUUCCGUACAUGUAUUUUUUUAAGGGAAAUGUAAUCUAAAUGCCCUGUUGUUUUAUCCUGAGUUUUCUGUAGGUUAAAUGUUUGAGUGUAGGACCAUACAGUUGUACAUAGAUAAUUUUAAGUAGAUGAAGAUCAGUUUUUGAUACAAGUGCAAGAACCCAGUAUAGGAGCUGCUCAUUCCUGCCCAAGACUAUCAGGGACUGGAACAAUCUUUCAAAAGGAACGGUUGAGGCGACAACACUAGACACAUUUGUGUCUAUUGCCUCAAGCCUUCAAACCCCUAGUGCAUGAUUUCCUCAUCAACACCAGUAACAAAAACAUUGCAAAUCCCAUCUACUUGCAUAGGAGCCAACAUGAUCAAUAAAUUGAUCGUGGGCCCUUAAGAUAUAGAAGAAGAAGAAGUAGUUCAGAGUUCAUGGCCACCUCCAAAAAUUUCUGAUUGUUUAAUACAUAAUUAUCGAUAACUAUGAAAAGUUUUAUAGUGAUGUUCUGUUCUAAAUUUUUAUGCUAUUUUAUGUGAAUUAUUAAACCGAAGUUUUAUUCAAUCACUGAGGUGCCAUAUUUCUUGUCAUCAUAUUAAAAUAAUAUGUGUUGCUCUGCCAAAACUGCUGAAAAGUAAGUCCAUCGCUCUUGGGUUUAUGAUGAUACACAGGAAAUUGGCAAAUCAUUGACUCUGUCAAUUUUCUUUUUGAUAGAAUUCAUUUAUUUUCACCAUGUUGGUAGAUAAAAUAAAUUACAAGUUUGCCUUCAUGUAAAAUCAUUUUUAUCAACCUCUCUUUUUUAAUAUACACUUUUAAAUCUGGAAUCAAUC